AUGUCAUCUUUACAGAUGACCCAUGUUGAUUUAGAGCAAGGAAAUCAUCAUCCUCAUCAUCAUCAUCAACAUCAUCCUAGUUCUGUUGUUGGAAGUGAUGUGAGUGGUGAAGGGAGUUUAUGUUUCUCUGAUGCUGAUGAUGGUUCAAGCUAUUCUCGUUUCUAUUCAACAAAUGGUGGUUCCUAUGAUGAUUACUCUUUUGCUUGUGUUUCUGAUGAUCCUGAGCUUGGAGGUGGUGGUGGUGGUGGUGUUCAUGAUUCUGCUAGAGUUUCCUCUGUCACUGAUUGUUCUGUUGAAAUUAGAAUUGGGGUUCCUGAGAUUAAGGUGCAUUUGGCUAAAGUUGAGAAAGAUUGUAGGAUUUGUCAUAUGGGUUUGGAAAGUGAGAGUCAUGAAUCUGGUCCUCCUAUUGAAUUGGGCUGUUCUUGUAAAGAGGAUUUAGCUGCUGCUCACAAAAACUGUGCUGAAGCUUGGUUCAAGAUUAAGGGAAAUAGAACCUGUGAAAUUUGUCAUUCGGUUGCACGGAAUGUUUAUAGUGCAAACGAGGAUUCAACAGAGCAUGUCAUUGACAGUACCAAUACAACCGCAUCUUCCACGCUCUCAACAGCCGCUCCUACACCAGAAACUCAAAGAUUUUGGCACGGCCACCGCUUCUUGAAUUUUCUCCUUGCUUGUAUGGUUUUCGCAUUCGUGAUAUCAUGGCUUUUCCACUUCAAUAUGCCAUCAUCUUAG